AUGCCGCUACCACGCCCAGCACUCCUCGCUCCAAUCUACUCACUCACCUCCGCCUUCGCUGCCGGUGCAUCGCCUUCCAUCAUCCUCACUCACUUUACAACCUCACCGCCGCCUGUAGCCCAUGAAUACGGAAGUGUCCACUUACAGUCCCAGCUCCCAUUUAUCGGCCGCGAUUUCAGCGGUAUUUCCGGCGUUGGCGAAUACUUUGAUUUACUCGCCGAGCACCUUUCGUACAGUGACAUGAAGUUCGAUAGCGAGGAUGACUGGGUGGUUGAUCCGCAAAACAUGAUUGUUUGUCUCCGAGGGUGUGCAACGUUCACACACAAUAGAACGGGGCAAAGUUGGAACGAGGUGUUUAUGUGGAGGGUGAGUUUGUCGGAGGACUUGGGGGAGAGCGAACCGGAUCCCGGCCAAGGGUUGAAAGUACAGGAUUAUCGAGUCUGGGCGGAUUCGGGCGCGGCGUUUUUGGCUAGUCGGGGGGAGUGGAAGGAUAUUGUAGGGGGGAAAAUUGACCAAGGAAAGCCUACAUCGCAGGUGGCCAAGAACAUGGAUGCUGUUAAUCCGAUAGGGCAUAGGUUGGGAGAUGGGUUGGAAAGUUAUGGUGGUUGUGGAUGA